AUGGUCGAUCAAGCUGCAGAAGCCGUGAUGGCAGCUUUCAAAGAUGGGAUCUCGCGGCAGUCGGUGCGAUUGAGGUUGGACAUGGUCUGCCCACCGAAUCGUGUGACAGAAUCUGGCAUGGAGGCGCUCCUCAAUGACGCACUUCCUAUGGCGCAGGCCUUCACGAAGAGUUUGCAGGCUCCAGGAGGGGCGGCUCUGCAGGAUGUGCGCAUUUCGAGAUUCGACGGUGUUGGUACCACCUCCGGCGAUGUUGGCACACUCCUCUACCGGCUUACCGAGGAUGCCAAACAGGAUGCUGCCGUAAUUUUCUUGGGCGGCCGCAAAUUCGUUCUGCAAGAUCCUUCCGGCGAGUUUGUCAACGGAAUGAAAGAUCGUUUGGUGGUGAUGCUCAACUCCGAAGAUGCUGCAACCAGCUUCAGGAUAGAGAACAAGGGCUCCGAAGUCAGUGUGGGCGGCAAUUUCGGCAAUGAUGUGGAAGUACUGGGGAAGUUCUGUGCCGAGUUCCAGGAGGAGACGUACUACACACGGCUCCUGCUCUUAAGCGAUUGGCCAGUGCUCGUUUUUCGUGCCUACCCUCACCCUUGGGUGGUUUACCUGGAGGGCCUCGAUGGAAACGUGGUAAGGUUGAUCGAGGGGUCACGCAAGCCGCAGGCGGAAGAGAUUGUUGAGGAAAUCAGCAAGUACGAGACGGAGAUGGGGAUCACAAAUGCAGACAAGAUGGCAAAGGUCCAGAAGUCCACCGAGUGA